GUUUUAUCUGUGUCUGGGGGAGUGAGGGAAUCGCCUUUAACACAAACAACGCAGUGACGCUAGGUGAUUGUGCAUUUCUUUCCUUCAAAGAAAAGAAGAACAGUUCGUGCUCGAGUCAGAAAACAGAUCCUGAACUUUCCAUCUGAAAAAAAUGUCGAUCGAAAACCUGCUUCCAGCCAAUUUUGGCUAUGCAAUUUUUACUUAUUUGUACAGUUUUGUCAUGUUGAUGUAUCUCGGGGUCCAAGUUGGUAGUGCACGGAAGAAGUAUGGAGUAAAGUAUCCCACCAUGUACAGUGAUAAGGAGCAAGUGUUCAACUGUAUCCAGAGAGCCCAUCAGAACACACUGGAGGUGUAUCCACAGUGGCUGGUGUUCCAGACUAUUGCUGCAUUAGAGUAUCCUAUUGCUGCCUCUGUGUUAGGAGUCAUCUGGGUUACGAGCAGGUUCUCUUAUGCUUGGGGUUACUCCACUGGUGAUCCUGCUAAGAGGAUGCGUGGUGCAUAUGGAUAUAUCGGGCUGUUUGGAGUCAUUCUGCUUUCCAUCUCUAUUGCUCUCAAACUGCUUGGAGUGCUUUAAGGGAAACACUACUGGGAAAAUACCACAUAAAACCAAUACUUGGCACUUAA